AUGGAGAUGGAGAAAGAGAGUGAGAAAGGGAUGGAGAUGGAGAGAAAGCUGGACGGCGAGAGUGAGAGAGAGAUGGAGAAGAAGAAAGAGAUCAAGAGGGGGAAGGAGAUGAAGCAAAAGUGGAAGAACGAGAGUGACAGGAUCUGGUCAAAAGCUGCUGGUUUUGAUCCGGUGGCUCGCAAUGAGGAAGAUGGUCCAAUUAAACCGGUGGUACAGCACGACCUUUUUGUAAGUAACGUGAACGAGACUAUGCGAAUUGCUCAAUUUGGUGGUUCUCAUUUCAUCAGAUUACACGAAAGUCGUCUUUCUCCACGUGUCAGCUCGAAGCUGUUUGUAGGAAUGACACUUUUCCCGCUCGGAUCAGUUUCGUCAUGCGACGGAGCAAAGUUGGCCGCGUUUGUCAACUGCCGUCUCAACGUCAAGCUCGAGUCUGGUCCGAGCCUCGUCUCUCGCAUGAGCUGA